AUGAAAACCAGUAUUCACUCAUUAUUCAUUUUUUUCAUUAUCUUCUUCAUUGUUCUUUGCUUUUUUGACUCAACAAUCCUCAGUUUUGGAAAGAAAAUGGGGGAACAAAAAGCUAAAGAAACCCAUAUCCUGACAAUCCCUUUCCCUGCUCAAGGUCAUAUAAACCCAAUGCUCCAAUUAUCCAAACGUUUAGCCUCAAAAAACCUCAGAGUAACUCUAGUCACCACCACUUCUUCUCGCUUCACCAUUCAAGGCUUAGCUGAAACCAGCUCCAUCAAAAUUGAGCCCAUUUCCGACGGAUUUGAAACAGGAGUUACACUCCAAAACGCCAAUGAGUACAGUAAACGUUUCAGAGUUGUGUUUCCGCAAAGCCUGGCGAAGCUCGUUGAAAAGUAUGAAUGUUCAGGCUGCCCUGUUAAGUUCAUCGUUUAUGACUCGGCUAUUCCAUGGAUGCUUGACGUUGCAAGAGGGUUUGGCCUCGAUGGAGCUCCAUUUUUCACUCAGCCUUGGGCUGUAAACGCGAUUUAUUAUCAUUUUCAUCAGGGGAAAUUGGAGUUUCCUGUUAAAGGAUCUGUGGUUUCGUUGCCUGCGAUGCCGCCGCUUGGGAUUGAUGAUCUUCCAUCGUUCAUUUCUGAACCUGGCUCUUAUCCAUCUUUCCUCGACGCGGUCUUGAAUCAAUUUUCAAAUAUUCAUGAGCCAAAAUGGACCUUGUGUAAUACUUUCCUAGAGCUGGAAGAUGAGGUUGUGAACUUCAUGGCAAGUAAAUGUCCUAUUCAGACAAUUGGACCAACAAUCCCAUCAAUUUACCUGGACAAGAGGUUGCAAGAUGAUAAUGAUUAUGGUCUGAGCCUCUUCAAACCAAUGACUGAAACUUGCAAGACAUGGCUAGACUCAAAGGAAAUCAACUCAGUUGUUUAUGUAUCAUUUGGAAGCUUGGCAGCCCUAGGAGAAGAGCAAAUGGAGGAAAUUGCAUGGGGGCUGAAGAGAAGCAACUUCUUCUUCUUGUGGGUGGUGAGGGAACCUGAAUUCACAAAACUUCCGAGAAAUUUCCCCGAGGAAUCAUCUGAAAAGGGUUUGGUUGUGAGUUGGAGUCCUCAACUUGAAGUUCUUGCUCAUAAAUCAGUGGGUUGUUUCUUGACUCAUUGUGGGUGGAACUCCACGCUGGAGGCACUGAGCUUGGGGGUGCCGAUGGUGGCAAUGCCGCAGUGGACGGAUCAAACAACCAAUGCCAAGUUUGUUGAAGAUGUGUGGCAGGUGGGGGUUAGAGUAAGAGCUAAUGAGAAAAGGAUUGUGACCAGAGAAGAAAUUGAGAUUUGUAUAAAGGAAGUCAUGGAAGGAGAAAGAUCAAAUAAUAUAAGAAAGAACACUGAGAAGUGGAAAAAAUUGGCCAAGGAGGCAGUAGAUGAAGGUGGAAGCUCUGAUAAGAACUUAGAGGAAUUUGUCACACAGCUUCUAUCUAGUUGAUAUGGUUGUUGGAUUUGAAAACUUUAAUUGAUGCUCUUCAAAGUAGGGGUGAGCCUGAUUCAAGCUAGUUCGGAUUGAAUCUAUAAUUCAAUACAAAUAAGUCAAUUUUUAGUUAGAAGUUCAACUUAAAAAUUCAACGUGUAAUAAAGUAUGUAAUAUUAUAUAAAUAAAACUAUACAUAUAAAUAAA